CUUCCUGUUCUUUACGCACCCUUCUCAUACAUUGUUUGAAACGUGUUUCGAACGUUUUUGUUCUACAAAAUUGUUCGAUCCAACUAAAUAAACAUGAGCAAAGCACAUCCACCCGAGCUGAAAAAGUUUAUGGACAAGAAGCUUUCACUGAAGCUAAACGGUGGUCGUCAUGUUCAGGGCAUCUUGCGAGGGUUUGAUCCCUUCAUGAAUCUGGUAGUGGAUGAUUCUAUUGAAAUGGCUCCUGGAGGACAGAUGAACACCAUUGGCAUGGUGGUGAUAAGAGGAAACAGUAUAAUCAUGUUGGAGGCUCUAGAACGAGUGUGAAGAAAGUGACCACUUUUCUUUUCCUGAUUUUUUUUGUCUCCAGCCAGCAAAUUUUUAUGGAUUUCCACAACGUCUUUUUACAAAAAGACUGGAUAUUAAUGCAACAACAAUUUUUGUGUUUAAUAAAUGCCUGUUUUGUUUGUUUUUAUAUAUUUUCCUAUGUCUGUAGAAAGUUGUGCACAAAUCAUAAUUUUUUUGUGAAUAAAGUGACAGUAAUGUGA